AUGGACGCGAGCGCAUCGCCCAUCAGGAAGAUCGACGAGCCCGGCGUCCGCGCCGAGGGCCAGCUACUCCAGCAGCUGCGGCAAGAGGUCGCUGGACUUCUCGGGCGGUCGCAGAUCGGCUUCCCCGGUGCACAGCCGGUGAGCUUCUCAAGGAGACAUCUUCAGGAGCUAAUGACCAAAGACUACUUUGUCUGCGAAAAGACGGACGGAAUACGCUAUCUCCUCUAUUUGACCACAGACGAGGUUGGCGACGAAAUCGCCUACCUGAUCGACCGCAAGAACGACUUCUGGUUCAUGCAGUACCGCAACCUGCACUUCCCAACACCGGAGAAUGAGGGCGGCCAGCACGACAAGUCCAUCAUCGAUGGCGAGCUGAUCAUGAGCCGGCAACCGAACGGAAGCGAAAAGCCCCAGUUUCUCGUCUUCGACUGCCUUACGUUGGACGGAAUGUCGCUCGUGGAGCGGCCCCUCGACAAGCGGCUUGCAUACUUCAACCAGAAGAUCUACGCCCCCUACCGCCAGGUGUUCAAGAAGUACCCCGACGAGGCUCGGUUUCAGGCGUUCCAGAUGGUUAUGAAAGAGAUGCAAUUGGCCUACGGCAUGGUCAAGAUGUUCCGCGAGGUCCUGCCGAACCUGGCGCACGGCAACGACGGGCUCAUCUUCACCUGCCGCGAGACACCAUACAAGUGCGGCACCGACGAGCACAUCCUUAAGUGGAAGCCUGCGGACGAGAACACGGUGGACUUCAAGCUCCAACUAAACUUCCCGACAGUAGAACCUGACGAGCAGGACCGCGCGGAGGGGAUUAACGAGCCCUACAUCGACUACGAGAGCGUGCCACCCGCGAAACUGCUUAUCUUCGCGCAGGGCCAAGUCGAGCGCGGCACGGACCCGUACGUCGAGUACGGGGACCUGUUCCUGACGGAGGAGGAGUGGACGACGCUCAAGGGCCUCGGCGACCCGCUGGUGGGUCGCAUCAUCGAGUGCUACGUAGACGAGCAGGGCCGCUGGCGCAUGUACCGCUUCCGCGACGACAAGCUGCAUGCCAACCACAUCACCGUCGUCGACAAGGUUAUCGAAAGCAUCCACAACCCCGUCACACAGCAGAUGCUCGAGGACGCGGGGCCCGCCAUCCGUGACAAGUGGAAGGCGCGAGAGGCUGCCCGUAGGCACUAA